GGGGAGGGAGGGGUUAGUAAGAGUUGACACAACAGCGGCGGCGGCGGCCGAGUCGCGCUGGAAAACGAAGUUAGUUUAGUUCGGCCCCGGGAGUUUGUGAGUUUCACUCCUUCACUGCUCACCUCGUCAACGCCGGUGGUUGUGUUUUGUUUGUUUUUUUUAAACGAGGGCGCGGACGAGGGUUCGGACUCCAUCAUUCACGGCUCCCUCCCUCUCUCGCCCUCUCUUAAUGGCGAAGGAAACAAAGAGAGCUUAAGGGACGUAGUGUGGCCGGGUGCGGGGAGAGGCUGAGACAGAGAGAGAGAGCCUUGAGGGAGACUGAGAAGACCCAGAGAAGCCUUUGCGGAGACCGUUGGUACUUGCUGCAAGAAGCGGCACUGCGAGGCUGAGAGAGACGAGAGCUGAGAGCAACUUUGGCGUGUGCGUUCAGCUGCCAUCAAAGCGUCAUGAUUCAUCCAACUCUCGCGCGCCGCUCAGAUCGAGAGCUGCCACCGAGCGUCAACUCCACUGCUGGAUUAUCGUCGGCGAGUUCGACAACCAUUAUAUAAACGGGGUGGUAGCUCCUGCAAUCUCUCAUUUACUUGAUACAGCUGUCGUGGCUGUGACGGUUCCACCUGAAGACGGAAGCUUGUGUUGCCUCCGAAACGUCGUGAUUUUUAUUUUAUUUUACUUUUAUUAAUUUUAAUGUUUUACCUACGUGACUUUACCGAAAAAAACCUAAGAAUAUGAGUUCGACAGAGCCUGGACGUUCUCGACUGGGUUGUUAGAGACGACAACAACAAACACAUCGGGCACUCUGCUCAGCGGGGCAUGGUGGACAACGUGGCGAGGUGGAUAACUGUCAGCACGGCGACUGAGAGAGUCGCGGGGUGACUCGAGGAGGAGGAGGAGGUGACGACUCCCUGAGUGGUUGUUGGAGCCUCCAAGAAGAUUUUGAGAUUGUUCUUUGAGGAGGCUGGACGACAGCUCGGGGAGAGGAGAGACGGGGAGAGAGAGACGGGGAGAAUUGCAGCGGAUUUGUGUUUGAGGAGUUGAGAGAGGUCACUGCAGAAGUUGGUGUUGACGGAGAGUUAGGAAGCGAGGGGAGGGAGAGACAAGGGGCAGUGGGAGAGGGUGGACGAGUAAGAAGGUGAGGGUGGAGAGGUCGUGAGGGUGGAGAGUGAGUGACAAGAGGGAGUCUGGGUUGUUUAUUGUGAAGUUGUUGGUCGAAAGUCAAUAGCAAACAAUUAAAUAUUAACUCGCGUUGAUUGUGAUGCUUUGUUGAACUUUACUGGCAGGAGGCAAGCAAUAAUUAAUUGUACGCGGAGUGAUUUUGGUUUACAAAUUAGAUUCGCCUCUUCGCCUCUGGUGACCUACCCCAGGUUUAUUUUUUAUGGGAUUUUUUUUGAGGGUGGCGUUCGUGGCGGGGAGGUGAAGUAAAAGAAGGGCACGAAAUUCCAAUUCCGUGGUUGAGAUUUACAACAAAACACCACCACGUGGGUACUUCCUUGCGCCGAUAGCCUGCGCCAAGUGAUUUCUCGCUGGGCACACAACUCGGCAGGGCUACGAUAUUUUACUCUGAGAGGGAGGUGCGGUGGGGGGAGAGGAAAGAGACGAGGUGAGAAAGAGGUGGGAUUUGGGGGGCGCAGGGGUUGGUGUAUUUUCUUUUUAAUCUCCACUGGAUUUGGUCCAGAAAAUAUCCGGUGUUGAAACCGUGACAGAAAUAUCAGGAUCUGAAUUCCAGACCGGAGGAAUCCGAUGAGCCGCAAAGUAUUUUUUCGAAGUUGUCCAUUAAGACGACGCAGGGACACACGGGACUGAAUAGGUGCAUCAUACGAAGAGGAGGUUGAUACGAAGAGGUGCUUCAUACGAAGAGGUGGUUCUGACGAAGAGGUGCUUCAUACGAAGAGGUGGUUCUGACGAAGAGGUGGUUCUGACGAAGAGGUGGUUCAUACGAAUAGGUUUUAAGACGACCAGAGAGUUGCUUUGGAUUGCGAGGAGAGGGACCGGGGCGAGAGUGGAGAGACGCAGGGGGAGAGGGACUUGAGGAGAGCGAGAAGAACUCAACCGCACAACGAUUCAAGAGAUGAUGGAGGAGGAGGAUGCGGCGGCGGCCGAGAAGGUCGAUACUGGCGAUGAGUCAUCUGCGGCUGUUACGGCUGAACCUGCAACAGAAGGAGCAAGUUCGGAUAGCAAGCAACUCAUGGACGACAUGAUGGGUGUCCUGGACGGCUCAUUGGGCAACAUAGACGACCUGGCGCAGCAGUACGCCGAGUAUUUCAACACCCACUUCGACGACGUCUUCGACCGGAUGGAGGAGCUGCAGAAGAGGCACUCGGUGCUGGAGCUCGCGGAGCUGGAGGAGGACUGCGCCCUGCACGGCUGCCCGGCACCGUUUGAGGAUGCCAGCGACGCGGUGAGCGGGUACUCCACGCCGGAGGUCGCGAGGAGGAGUUCUUUACUGAACGCCAACGUGGAUGACGGUCUCACUGGGAAGUUCGACGGCCGCCGCCGGAGCAAGACGUUCUGGCAGAGCCUGCGCAAGUCACCCAAGGCCUCGGUGCCGAGAGCUGACGGCCACAGCAAAGGAGGAGGAGGAGGAGCGGUGGCGGUGCGCUUCGUGGCGAGCGAAAUCACGAUGUGCGACGAGGACCGCAUCCGCCUCAUGAACAUGGUGAAGGACCGGCAGAUCACCAUCGACGAGGCGCUCGCCAAGCUGGAGGAGUACGAGAGCCGCUACCAGCGUUCGCACAGCCUGGACUCGCCCCGCCCGGCCGCCGAGAGGAGGCCAAGCUGCCCCAGCGAGGACCGCGGCUCCGUGUGCGAGUCAGUGGACCAGUCGGAGGAGGACUCGGAGGGCGAGGGCAAGUUCCGGCGCCUGCACAAGCUCGUGUCGUCCAAGAGGAAGGGCAAGAAGAAGGCCGUAGCAGCAGCAGGUGGCGGCGGCACCGCCAGGAGCGACGACAAGAAGAGGUCCACGUCGCUCUGCGAGGGGAGCCCGGCGCUGGGCGGCCCCCGAGGGCUACGCGACCACCUCCUCCCCCGCCCCUCGUCGCUCGACACGUCCGGGCCGGGCUCCCCCACGGGCCCCGCCAAUCUCGCGCUCUCCCCGCUCCAGCGUGAGCCGAGUCUGUCGUCGCCCCCGCCGCUCCAGCCCCCCACGACGCCGUUGCUCCUUCCCCGGCCUCCUCCGCCCCCCCCGCCUCCUCGCUCCCUCGAGUCAUCCUCCUCCUGCGACUCCUCGCUGGGGAGCCUGCACCCGUGCCGCAGGGCCGACGGCGACGGCAGCGGCGGCGGCGGCGUUCCGUGGGACACGUCGGAGACCAGCAUCUCCACCACGGCCUCCGAGCUCACCGGCGCCUCGUCGCCCUCGGCCGACAGCACUCCGGGGGCGGGCACGGCCGCCGGCGCCGCGCUGUCGCUCGCCGACCUCUCGUACUCCUCGUCGGCCUGCGGCGGCUCCAGCUCGGGAGAAGUCACCCCGCGGAGUCCAGAGAGGCUCCCGCUGGAAUUGCAGCUGCAGCAGCAGCAGCAGCAACGCGACACGGAGCUCUACAGCUUCGUCAAGUCGGGCGCGAUGAAGAAGACGCAGCAGCAGCAGCCGGUGUCGUCGCCAACGCCGCCAUCAUCGGCGUCUCCGAGCCACGCGAGAAACAGCAGCUUCGGAGGAUUCGACCUUCGCAGUCGCCUGGGCAGCAUCUCGUCCGUCGGCUCCGAGGAGACGGAGGAAGCCUCGGGUGCGGGGAAACAUGAGGCGUCCGGAGGAGGAGGAGGAGGAGGGGCGGCUGCCAUGGCGGGCGACGAAGGAGGCGGGAGCUCCUCGCCCCGGCACAGCAGCAGCUCGAGCGGCUUCCUCGGCAAGACGGUGAAGAACGUGAAGAAGACGAUGAGGAAGAAGAUGUCUCGCAUGUACAUCAAGGCCGUCAUGGAGGAGGAGGGUAAUGGGACGGACGACGCGACGGUGCCGGUGCCGUCACCCACAGAGCCGGGCACGGAGCCGGCCACCGUGGAGCGGCCCAAGCUGACGUCCUGCAGCUCCAUGGAGAGCCUACGCAGCUCGCUGAGUGGGCAGACGGUGAGUACCACCGACUCGUCGGCGAGCAACCGCGAGAGCGUGAAGUCCGACGAGGCGGAGGAGGAGGAGGCGGCCUACAACGGGCCCUUCUGCGGGCGCGCUCGCGUCCACACAGACUUCACGCCCAGCCCCUACGACUCCGACUCGCUCAAGCUCAAGGCCGGGGACAUUAUCGAAAUCAUUAGCAAGCCACCCAUGGGCACAUGGAUGGGCAUGCUGGCGAACAAGGUCGGCACCUUCAAGUUCAUCUACGUGGACGUCAUCCUGGAGGAGCCGGAGACGAAGGCGAAGAAGAAGCCGCGGCCCAAGCGCAGCAAGAGCAAGAGGCCCAAGCCUAAGACCGUGCAGGAGCUGCUGGAGAGGAUCGGCCUUCAGGAGCACAUCCCGGCCUUCCUGCUCAAUGGCUACGAAGACCUCAACUCCUUCAAGCUGGUGGAGGAGCGCGACCUGGACGAGCUGCGCAUCACCAACCCCGAGCAGCGCGCCAAGCUGCUCACAGCCGCCGAGCUGCUGCAGGACUACGAUGGAGGGAGCGAGGAGCGUGGCUCCCAGGAGCACCUGGAGCAGCAGCAGGAGCAGCAGCACGGCGACACUCCACGCGACUCGGGCUGCUACGAGAGUUCGGACGCGCUCGAGAACGGGCGCGACCGGCAGAGUCCCGAAGACCCGGCGAUGGACUCAGCGGGCUCCCCCCCCCACCACCACCCCCACCCCCUGCGCCGCUACUGCAGCGUGGAGGACCUCGUCUUCGAGAAGAGCCACCUGCCCGAGAACAUCGUUCGCUCCGUCUACCUCGUCAUCAUCGGUGACGACGCCGGUGGUGCCGAGGACGAGACGGCGGAGGCGGAGGAGGCGGGCGAGCGGGACGGUGGCACCGGCCCGGAGCAGACCACAGCGCGGGACACGGACGAGGCUGACGCAGAGAGACGGAGCGAUGGGGGCAAGGGGGGCCCCCGGGGCCCUGGCUACUCCACGCGGAGACAGCGCAGCAAGCACGAGGGAGCACCCCCAAACCCGCCGGACCAGGCCACGGAGCCCCCCACCGAUUCACCCGCAAGCCAAACUCCCCCGCCGCUAUCUCCAUCUCCUCCUCCUCCGUCCAUGGGCGAAUCGGAGAAACGGACUCAUCCUGAAUCGGAGCGGAGUUCCGAAAUCCGGAUCCCGGACUCCAUUAAGGACGUCGUCCCGGAUGCGGAUGCGGCCACUGACGGUGGUGGUGGCGAUGGCGUAGACGGAACAGAGGUGGUGGUGGCAGCGGAGGAGCGGCGUGCUCGCACGCACGGCGAGGAGCCGGGGCAGCCGAAGCCCGGCAGCGCCGAGGGCAGGACUCGGCGCGAGCGGGCGGCGCUGCACAUUGGCGGAGACGCGCGGCAUGCGACGGCGGCCGGAACCGGAACGCAAACCGGAGUGGCAGCCUCACCGUUUAACCGCAACCGGCGCAGCCUUGCCGGCGAUGGCUCGCAGACGGACUCGACGCCGUGGGGACCGAGGCUGCGAUCGCACGUGGACCCCGACGCCGGCACCGGGGUCGGAGGUCGGAGCGGGCCAGCGCUGCGCAAGGGUCAGCGGUGCCAAGAGGUCAGCCUGGACGCCUGCCUGGAGGCGCGGCUGUUCGCACUGGGCCUGGACCUCACAGCCGAGCCGUACACCGACAAGCGUGGACGAGGGGGCCUGCCUGCGGCGCUCGUGUGGAGACUCGCUGAGGAGGCGAGGGCCACGCCGGCGGAGGUGGCGCCCGCCCUGGAACGAGUGCGGGUUCGACUCCUGAGAGCGGCGAGAGAGAUCCCAAUCGCCGGCGCGACAGAAUCACCGUCGCGUUCGAGGACAUCCGACGGCAACUCAUGACCAGUUCGCUCCUCCCGCGGCGGCCGGGAGGAAGCGGGCUCCUCGGUUGAUUUCGUGAACUCUGGGAAACCUUUGAAGAAUUCCGUUCUGGCCUGACGGAAAAGUUCCUCUCCCCCCCCUCCACCUGUCACACGAAGGCCGUGAGGGGGGCGGCGGGAUGCGGGGGAGUGGACGGACGCUUGCGGGAACGAGACAGAGUGACGGCGCAGAUGCACACGGGGAGCGGGAGAUGGGGCAAUGGUGGUGGGUCUGGAGGACGGGGGAGGGCGGUGUUCCGAGUGGGGGGAGGGGAGGGGGCCUUCUCAUCGACAACCUGUCUACACACACACACGCAUGCACGCACACAUGCUGACGCUCUCUCUCGCACGAGCGUACACACGCGCACAGACACGUGAUACUCUCUCACACACACACACGUACAGUGGCAUUUAACGCACGUAUGCACGCACUCCUGACAGACACGCGCGCGUACUCUCUCUCACACACACUUUCACGCACAAAUAUUCUCAUAAACACACACGAAUGCUCACAUGCACGCACACACACGAUAUCCUCACACACACACAAAAACAAAGAUCCCCCAUAUAGCCUUAACAGACUGUUGGGAACAAGCCGACGCGGCUGCUAAUGAUGGUGUGGUUUGGCCAGCACCACACCCGUCCGCCUUUGUCUCCCCAGUGGGACUAUUUAGACGCUGGACUGCGACUCAUUUGAGGCUGAAUCGACCCAGCGAAGGAUGAUCCAGGACCGGUUCAGAUAUCCGUGGUCGGUGUUGUUGCUCGUGAGCGUGAAUCGAGCUCGGGUUCGCCGGGUUCUUAGCGCAGCGCUGCGCUAAGCCACUACAAAGACAAAGAUCUCCCGCGUAGCCUUAAAGAGACUGUUCGGGCAAGUGCUACCCUGCCGCUCUGAUACACUACGUACGCGCACAAUACGUACGAGUGAAGACUACGUACGCAUGUAUAAAUACUACAUACGCGCGCGAAUACACUACGCACGCGCACACACUACGUGUGCACGCGCACACACUACGUGCGCACGCGAACACACUACGUACGCGCACACACUAUGUUCGCACGCGCAAACACUCCGUGCGCGUGCAGACGCAGCAAGUCCGCGAGCCCAGAAGACUCAAGACACUAUUUCCGCCCGGCUGUCCGAGGGAGCGGGGCGAGCGCCGCACGGCGUUAACAAUGGCGAUUGUCAGUGGCAAUAUGCAAUCCUUGUAGAUAGGCCUUGACUGGAACGGAUCAAGGGGAAUUGGGGGGGAAAACUUGAACUGGGUCGACGCGCGCCCGUAGCACCAGCGUCGAGAUGGUGCGGGGGGGGGGGGGGUGCGCUGGAGCGGCCGUUCACUCCACCCCGCCCCCCUACAAGACACGUGGCACCGCACAGCAAACUCUCUCGUCGUCGUCGACGGGAUGAACAGAUUUUGUUUGGUGCUGCUGCUGCGUUGGCUGGAAGUGCACAGUCAACAACAACAUUCCACGCGUUCCGUGGUCAAUCACAACACCGCUUGUGCGUGUGUGGCCUGUUAAGGGGGAGAAAUAUUCGGUUGGCCGCGGAUCGAGCAAUGCUUCUCGUGGAUGGGCAACGGCUCUUCUUCACAGUACGUCAGUGACGUUGCCUGAAGAAGGUUCAUUGCCCGAAACGUCGCCUACUGCAUACGUUUGUUUCCUUCUAAGGCCACACACACACACACGGACGCACGCGGUGGUCUUGAUGUUGACACGAGAACGCGUCGAGUUAUUUCACGUCGUUGUGUGCCCUGUGUUUGGGCGCAGGACAACGAAUAUUAUUUUGAGGGGUGGCGUGAAAUAUUAUGUUUUUGGGGGGGGGAGGGCCGGGCGUGGGGGCUCAAAUUUUUCUUUCUAAACAAAUGAAAUAAUUUUUUUUCUUUCAAAAAAAUUAACGCCCAAAAUCAAGAGCCACCUCUGCUCUAAGGUUGCCACCGGCUGCUCGCGACGCACAGCGGGUGAAGGCGGAGAGGGCGCCGCGUCAGUGCCCCUGCGUCGGUGAUGACAAAAGGGCUGUGACGAAGCCUCCCUUCCCAAGGAGUCUGGAGCAAAGGCGAAUCAAAGGAUUGGCGUACACAAUCACUCUGCUUCUUGGCUCAGCGUCCUGGUGUUUUACCCCCCCACUCCACCUGCCCACCACCUCCCACCCUCGCCACCACCCCACUGGUUAUGCGAAAAUAUUGAAGCGGCAUUCCCAUGACCUCUGGGUGGUUUUUGCCGGUCCCGGUUCACGACUGGCGUCUGGUGGGUUCUGUUCAGAUUCCAGCCGCUAGCGGUGCUGGGCCAGACCCGGUUUUGUUGUGACUCGCAGUGUGGUGGCGGUGGUGGUGGUGGCAGUGGUGGCGGUUGAACACAGUGUGCAGGAUGACACCAAACAAUCCGUGUGUUCGGCCGGGUCCGCAAUGCGGACAAAGGAGGAAUCGGCGAGCUGAAGUUCACCGGCGUGGAAAACCACUGUACGUGUUAGGAGAGUGAUAAGGGUGAUGACUGACCACCGGUGGAUCGGCGAGUGCUGGAUCAUAACAAUCACCCCGACUCCCACUUCGAAUUCUCUCCGGUACUGCCCUCCACUUUUCCCCCCAGGUCAGGGCAACACGACUCAGACUCGCCCCACCGUCCCCCAGACAGCGCGAGCCCCAGCGCCUGACUAUCAGUAGCCAGGAGGCGUAACACGUUCCCCCAAGCAGAAGUGAACGAGCGUUUUCCGAAACGAGUAGUUUUCGGUGGCGAGUUGCGUCAUCACAUGCACAGCGCAUCUCGCAUCGCCGCAAAAUCCUCAACACACGGAGGCGCGUAUAUAUCUAUAAAAUACAUUGUAUAUAUAGUUUAGUCAAUUAACGAGUGUGGGAGGGAGACAGAAGCACCCGGAGAAAACCCACGCGUGUGAGCGAGGGGACAACGCUGUAUCCCCGCAUUUCGCUGCACCGCCUUUCUCCUGGCGAGCCCAGGGUUACGGCUCAUCCUCGACGCCCCCCUCGCCUCCCCACGGGGGUAGGGAGUUUCACAAUGUCAUCCGUGUGUGAUCCACCUACCUUAGCUGCUGCUGCUGCUGCCUCUCCACACAGUGCACUUGUGCACGUGGUUCAAAACUGACUUUGCAAAUGAAGGCGGGGGGGGGGGGGGGUGGAAAUUAUCACUUCAGAUGUUUUGAUCGCUUCAGAUAUCUCAUCGCUGAAGAUGUUUUUAUCGCUUUAGAAAUGUUAUCAACUAAAAAUAUUUAUGCAACCCGACGGGCGAUCGACCCCCAUCGCAAAACAUGUGCGCGCUCUGCUGGAUUGUUAUGA